AUGGCUCAAUUCGAUCCUAACCUUCACCUCCGCUCGCUCGAGGAGCUGCACGCUGUUAUCCUUCCUCGACAGAACGGCUGUCUCAAGUGCGAGGACAAGGCGCCGACAUGCCCGACCAACUGCAAAUCCGACGAGUUCUGCUCCUUCACCAUCCCGACGUGUAACACUUGUGCCCAGGCCAUCUGUGCCAAGGACGACAGCCAGUCCUCGUCAUCAUCAAGCAGCAAACCCAACACGGGCGCCAUUGUUGGAGGUGUUAUUGGCGGUCUCGUCGUCAUUGCGAUCGCUACCUACCUCGUAUGGAGGUUCUUCAUCAAGACCAAGAGACAGUCCAUCAUCCAGGAAUCGUACAUCGAAGAGUCCAACGAGAAGACCAUCAACGAGAAAACGACCGGCGAGCCGCGACAGACCAACCGUGACUCGACACACACCGUUCACUCGAUUGCAUCGACGGUGCUUACCCGCGCUUCCAACAUAAUCCAGAUCGCCUACAUCCCCGGCGUCACGAACCGCGCCACGCCCACGUCACCGACGCUCCUCGUUCCUCCCGUGCCCCCUAUUCCGAUGCACGCCUCCAACUCGACCACCAGCAGCCCGUCCCCUUACGAGGAGCAGCACUUCUUCGUUCCCGGCGAACUCCGCGAUUCCACUUACUCUGGCAUCUCCGGCUACUCAGACCGCACAUCCGUUGCGAGAACUUCGUACGCCCCUCGCUCCAGUAUCGCACCUAGCAUCGCGUCCACCAUCUACGGCAAGAACGCCGUCGUCGUUGCGCCUGCCCAGACCGGCAUGCGUGCCAAGGCUGCUGUGGUCAGUGUCAAGUCUAUGGGUGUCGGCACCAGUGGCAGCAGCACUCCUCCUGUCCCCAGCGUCGACUAUGAGAAGUACGCCACCGGUCGUCCCAGGAGUCGUGACAGCAACUUCAGCGUGGGAUCUACCUUCCUGAACAACGCCAAUACUGCGACGGCAGCCCCCGUCCAGAGAGUGCAGGUUGUUCGUGUCGGCAAUGGCAACGGACCCAAGCAAGUCAGUGUUGGAUCUUCCAAGGCGUCAUCAGCAGUAGACGAAGCCUCUGUCCCCGGUACUCCCCCACCACCUAGCACAUCUGCUGCCGCUCGCGACUCUGCUGCGGUCACUGUCAUCGACGAAAGUCCGGCGGUCGACCAGGGCCCCUUCUCCGAUCCUCCUGAGCCUCAGUCCGCAGCCGUCCGCAGCAACCACAGCCUGAGUGCGGUGAUUGAGGAGGCCACACGACGAGCCGCCGCAGGGCCUGACAGGCGGUCUCAAAGAACAAGCUCAUACGAGCGGGGACGCAGUCCCUUUGGCGAUGAACACGCCACGAAGGACUAA